CCCCCUACGCUUGACUUAUCGGGUUGCUUGAUCAUUUUUACCCCGAUCCGAAUAAACAUCUCUCAGACGCGAUCUGGGAGCCCUUUCGAAACCCUAACUCUCUAAUCCGACGACAGUGCUCUCCAGCUUCGACCUUCACCAUUGAUGAUCGAUCCCCUUUACACAGAACUUCCCUCCAAAAGCUGAAGAAGUAAAAAUGAGAAAUUGUAAUUUUUCUCUGUGAAGAGUUCCAAUCAGGCGAAAGUAGCCAUGGCCGAAUUGGAUUUGCCGCCAUGCCAAUCAUUUUAUCUUCGCUAAUGCAUAUACUGUAUUACAAUUUUGUUGACGAAGAGUCUCUGAAGAGCAACGAUGAGCAUCGUGCCGAAGGAGACGAUUGAAGUAAUUGCGCAGAGCAUCGGGAUUAACAACUUGUCUCCUGAUGUCGCACUCGCUCUUGCUCCCGAUGUCGAGUACCGUGUGCGCGAGAUCAUGCAGGAGGCUAUCAAGUGUAUGCGCCACUCCAAGAGAACUACUUUGACAGCGGACGAUGUGGACAGUGCACUUAGCUUAAGAAAUGUAGAGCCGAUUUAUGGGUUUGCCUCUGGAGAUCCUUUACGGUUCAAAAGAGCUGUUGGACACAAAGAUCUGUUCUACAUUGAUGACAAGGAUGUGGAGUUCAAAGAUGUGAUUGAUGCACCUCUGCCAAAAGCACCGCUUGAUACUGCUGUAGUGGCUCACUGGCUUGCUAUUGAAGGAGUACAACCAGCCAUUCCAGAAAAUGCUCCAGUAGAAGCACUUGUAGCUCCCUCAGAUAACAAAAAGCCUGAGCACAAAGAAGAUGGACUUCCUGUUGACAUAAAGCUACCUGUCAAGCAUGUAUUGUCCAGGGAGCUUCAGCUGUACUUUGAUAAAAUCACCGAGCUUACUGUUAAUAAAUCUGAUUCAGUCCUAUUUAAAGAAGCAUUACAGAGUUUGGCUACAGAUUCAGGACUUCAUCCUUUAGUUCCAUAUUUUACAUACUUCGUUGCUGAUGAGGUUACACGUGGUUUGAAUGAUUUCUCUCUCCUGUUUGCUUUGAUGCGCGUUGUCCGGAGCCUUCUCCAGAAUCCCCAUAUACACAUUGAACCUUAUCUACACCAAUUGAUGCCAUCUGUCAUUACCUGCCUUGUUGCCAAAAGGUUGGGGAAUAGGUUUUCUGACAAUCACUGGGAACUUAGAAACUUCACAGCUGACCUGGUUGCUUCAAUAUGCAAGAGAUUUGGGCAUGUUUACCACAAUCUGCAGCCACGUGUGACCAGGACUCUGCUUCAUGCCUUUUUGGACCCAACAAAAGCAUUGACUCAACAUUAUGGUGCCAUUCAAGGGCUCGCAGCACUUGGACCAAGUGUGGUACGCCUCCUAUUACUGCCAAAUCUAGAGCCAUAUCUACAACUUCUAGAGCCAGAAAUUCUACUUGAGAAACAAAAGAAUGAGAUGAAGAGGCAUGAAGCUUGGCGUGUCUAUGGGGCCCUGCAGUGUGCAGCAGGUAAAUGCAUGUAUGACCGUCUCAAGAUGUUCCCAGGUUUGCUGGCUCCACCUGCACGUGCAGUCUCAAGGACCAAUGGAAGAGUCAUAAUGACAACGCCAAACAAACGCAAGGCAGGAAAGGAUGACAUGAUGCAGCAACCACCCGUCAAGAAAAUCGCAACAGAUGGGCCAAUGGGCAUUGUACCUCCAAUCUCCUUGCCGGCAAACAUGCAAGGGACCGUUGAUGGAUUUCCUGCUGCUUCAGGGCAGUCCAAUUUGGGGCCAUCAUCAUCUGUACAAGUCACAAACGAUAGCAUUUCAGGCAGCAGCGGUAAGAGGGAGGACGAUGGCCGAGCAGCCAAGAUGUUAACUGUCCUCAGUCAGGCUUGGAAGGAGGAUGUGGAUGCUGGACAUCUGCUGGCUUCUCUUUUUGAGCUAUUUGGCGAGAGCAUGUUCUCCUUCACUCCUAGACCUGAGUUGUCUUUCUUCUUGUGAUCAAAUAAAUAUGGGUUGGAUUUUUGUAAAUGAUCAGUUAAAUAUGCUAAAUUUCAAGCUCUCUUAUGUAUUUUGUUGACGUUCUUGCUUGUAAUUCACAAAUACGUGAGAAGGUAUAUUCGACAGUUUACUCUGCAAAAUGGUUAAUUUUGGCUGGACCGGCUGUUGGUCUGUUUUGUUA